AAUUGUGUGUUUACUGAGUGGAAACAACAAACUUUUAGAACAAGUUUAGACAGCUAGAAUGGUGACUUCAGUGGGAUCCAGAGUGGAGAGCUUGGCAAGCAGUGGGAUUCAAUCAAUCCCGAAAGAGUAUAUUAGACCGCAGGAAGAGCUGACAAGCAUAGGUAAUGUAUUUGAAGAAGAGAAAAAAGAGGAAGGGCCCCAGGUUCCAACCAUUGAUUUAAAGGAAAUUGAGUCUGAGGACAAGGAGGUACGUGAGAGAUGUCACCAGCAGUUGAAGAAAGCUGCCAUGGAGUGGGGUGUGAUGCACCUUGUUAACCAUGGAAUCUCGGACGAACUAACGGAUCGUGUCAAGAAAGCUGGACAGAAGUUCUUUGAGCUUCCUAUUGAGGAGAAAGAGAAGUAUGCAAACGACCAGGCUUCAGGAAAGAUUCAGGGGUAUGGCAGCAAGCUUGCUAACAAUGCUAGUGGGCAGCUUGAGUGGGAGGACUACUUCUUCCAUCUUGUGUAUCCUGAGGAGAAGAGAGACUUGUCAAUCUGGCCUAAAACACCAAGCGACUACACUGAAGUCACAAGUGAGUAUGCAAGGCAACUCCGAGGCCUAGCAAGCAAAAUUCUUUCGGCACUAUCACUUUGCUUGGGAUUGGAAGAAGGAAGGCUAGAGAAGGAAGUUGGUGGCUUGGAAGAGCUCCUCCUUCAAAUGAAAAUCAAUUACUACCCCAAAUGCCCUCAACCAGAACUCGCUCUCGGUGUCGAAGCCCACACAGAUGUAAGUGCACUCACUUUUAUCCUCCACAACAUGGUUCCUGGCCUGCAACUCUUCUACGAAGGCAAGUGGGUGACCGCAAAGUGUGUUCCAAACUCCAUAAUCAUGCACAUUGGCGACACCAUCGAGAUCCUCAGCAAUGGAAAGUACAAGAGCAUUCUCCACAGGGGGCUGGUUAACAAGGAGAAGGUUAGGAUCUCAUGGGCAGUUUUCUGUGAGCCGCCAAAGGAGAAGAUCAUUCUCAAACCACUGCCAGAAACAGUGUCCGAGACAGAGCCUCCAUUGUUCCCUCCUCGCACCUUUGCUCAGCAUAUCCAGCACAAGCUGUUCAGGAAGACCCAGGAUGGUCUGUCUAAUUGAGACCAGUCUUUAGCUAUAUUAAAAAAUAUCUUGUUAUUUUCAAUGUCAUUAAAUCAGACUGUUGACGCUAUAUUUUCUUUGGUUAAAGCCUUGGUUGUGGUAGAUUGACGCUAGUAUGUUGUCCGUCUGUCAAUCCUUAGCAUCUCUUUACCUGCUUUGUUGAAUAAUGAGCGACUCAUUUGCACUGUUUGUGAAUUAAUGUCCUUUGUUUACAUUUUCUUCCGUAAUUUAUGUCUCUG